ACACGAACGCCGUGCCAUGCCUACGCUGUUGUCAGCAAGGUGGUGAAGCCGAGUGAUUCAAAGACUGAUUAACUGCAGAUAAAUGGGCUGAAAGUGGGGAAGACAGUGCAAUACUAACAUUUGUAAUACUAAUAACAACUGUGGUAAAACGGACAUCAAAGGCUGGAAUCAUCAAAAUCUACUGGCACAAAAGCUUUAGGUUGCAAUCACUCGUGAAAUAAUCUACAUGUGCUUGAGCCUGUCUUGGAGAUUGGGUGAUAUGCAUGAUGUGCAGCACUGCAGAUUCGGUUAAAGUUCUGUCUGGUACAGGGAGACUGAAAGAAGGAUACCUCAAGAAAUAUGGUAACCUUGUGACACGAUGGAGGCGAAAACACUUCACUAUCUACCAAGACGGUCAGCUGGCCUGGUCAGAUGGGAGCGGUCAUACUCCUGACAAGGUCAUCAAUAUCCGUACAGAAUGCUCCAUGCUAAGGGUAGGAGCACAGGUUGGGUCGGAUGCACCAUCGGUACCCUCAGGAUCGCGGAAAGAUUUCAUGUUUUCCAUGACUGCAAGAGGAAAGAAUUAUUACAUUCUGGCAGAGACAGAGCAAGACUUGGUUCAGUGGUUGGAGGUACUUUACCAUGCUAAAGGAGUCCCUCAUCCUAGUCAACAACAGCAGCAGCAGCAACCAGGAGUACCAGUGGGAGGAGGGGGGAUGCCCCGACCUCAGGGUCAACUCCCGUACCCCUCACAAGCCCCUCCUCCAAACCAACCCCCUGCGUAUGGUUUCAAUCCUAAUGUGACUGGUCAACCGCCGCCACCUGUUGCUGCAUCACCCUAUCCUCAGGCAGGUGGAUACCCCGCCCAACAACCGUAUCCAGUCCAGCAACAGAGACCCGCAUACCCUACACAACCAGGCGGACCAGUGGCAACGCGGCCUGUGCAACAGACUGUGGUCAUCAGGGACGACUCCCGACAGUACUCCAGGGGCGGGGACGGUUUUGCCACCGGGCUCCUUGCCGGUUCCCUUCUAGGAGGGUACCACGGAUGGGGGUGGGGCUACGGAGGUGGUUACUACGGUCAUGGGUGGGGUGGUGGCCUUCAUUUCGGUGGUCAUCACCAUCAUCACCAUGAUCAUUUCCAUGAUCACGAUCACUUCCAUGACCACGAUCACCACCAUGAUCUUGGAGGUCACGACAGCUACGGAGGUCAUGAUGAUUUUGGAGGAGGAGGAGGAGAUUUUGGAGGAGGAGAUUUUGGCGGAGGGGACUUUGGUGGAGGGGACUUUGGCGGAGGGGACUUUGGUGGGGGAGAUUUCGGCGGAGAAUGAGAAGUAAAUAUAAUUGGGAAUCUAAACCUUUAUGCACAAAUGUCAACAUUCUUAUGCUGUUUUGUGUACCUGGCACAAAGACCAAACCAUAACUUUUAUUUUAAAACUAAUGUCCAUUUAAUUAUUUUCCAUUGAAAUUCAAAUUGUCAAGGUAACUUGUUAAAUUGAUGGGUUUGAUGUAUGUUUUAACUGGAGUGUGGGAAGCCAUACCUGUGGGCUCUAUGUAGACAGGUGGUCCUUCAAUAUGGGUGGCUGCUGAAUCAGGUUUCACUGUAUGAACAAAUCAAAUUAUCCCACUUGACAAAUCUAUGAAACUUGAUAAGGGUAUUAUGAUUUGUCCUGUGGACUUAUAUAAUUUUUAGCUCUUAGUACCAAAGACUAUUACUUUAAAACAUAUAAAAUAAUACUAGGCAGGAAGGUACUAGGAAGUCAGUACUCUAGCUUACAUAGAUGUACUUUUACUUGUAUUAAUGACGUGAAAUUUCUUGUCAUAUAAUUGUAUUGUAUGUUAAUUUGAAGGAGUUUGCAUUUAAUUGGACAUAAUGGAUCAUAGUUGUAGAUAUCAAGCAAGCCUGGGCAUUGAGUCCAUUUAUUUGCCGUCGACUUAACCCUAAAAUGGCCGGGGGGGGGGGUUGAAUCAACCCCCCCUCAACAUUUUCUGUGAUCAUUCCGCCGCGCGAAAUUUUUUUACCGCGCCACUCGCAGAGUUUAUACAUUUAAGUCUCGCGCAUCUUUUGAGACCAAAUUUACGAUGCCCGGGUACACGGUUCCGAAAUUACGCAACAUUUUGUAAGUGCAUGUCAGACCAAAAAUUGUUCCAAAACGUGAUUUUGUGUACAAAGUCAGUGCAAAUUGAGUUUUCUAAUCUUAUUCAUAAAGAUAUGAUUAUUUUUACUUUAAAAAGCUGAAAGCAAUUGAUUUUAGGAUAAUUAUACUUCAAAAAGGUUGUGCAAUAAAUCUGGUGAAAAAAACAAAGAAAAACAAAAGGUUGAAAAACAUAGAAAUACAUAAGAAAUUCAUAAAACAAUAAAAUACAUAAGAAAUUGAUUUCCAAACCGAAGUUUUUUUCAAUUGCCAUUGUUAAGAAUGCUACAAAGAAUAUUUUUACCAAAAAUUAGCAUUCUAGGAGCUUUAUUUAGUGAAUUAGAGCAAAAAGUAUGAUUUAUGCAUAAAUUAGCAUAAUUAAUUCAUAUAAAAUAAAAUCUCAUUAUUUUGGAAAAUUUUACCAUACAGCCUUGCGGCGCUCGCGCGAUCGGCGGCCGAGAUCUCAGGGGGGGGGUUGUAUCAACCCCCCCCCCAGCCACAGAACAGCCAAAAAAGCCCGGCCUAGUUAGGGUUAAUAAAUAGGGUUAAAUUUACCCCAGUUAAACCACAAAUUUUAGCCAUAUGGAAAAUUGGGUUUGAAUGUGUUUUGUGCAAUACU